AUGCAUACUCCACACCAGACCCAGGACAUAUCGCAGGAGUUCCUGGAGUUUCGGGGAUUCAAAGGCGUUACCAAAGUUCCCCUCAGCUACGAUCACGACGGCUCUAAAGACAUUCCGACAGUUCCAAUUGUGGACUGUGCUGGAAUCUUUUCUUCUGACUCUGACGAACGGAAAUCGGUGGCAACGUCAGUCAGAUCUGCGCUUCGCAGAUACCAGACGUUGUAUGCAAGCAACCAUGGCAUAUCGGGAGACCUCCAGGAGUUGGUGAAGAACCAUGGCAAUACCUUCUUCAGUCAACCCAUCGAAGAGAAAAUGAAAUACCACCAAGCCAAAUCUCCAAGCGGAAAAAGAGGCUACCAAUACAUAUCAGAAGGCAGAGAAGACGAGCCUGGAAGACACGAUUUCCGUGAGGCAUUCAAGGCCAUGUUGGCUCCCGAUACGAACGACAGUCGACUACAGCCUUCGAAUCCAUGGCCCGCGGACGUCCCUGGAUUCCGUCAAAGCCUGGAGGAGUACAGUGUUCAGGUGAGGAGGUUUGUCGAGGCCUUUCUCCGGACUGUUGCUCUCGCCAUGAAUGCACCAGAAGACUUCUUUGCAGACAAGCACGGGAAAGAGCAAGGCUUAUGCCUCAUCCGAUAUCCAAAGGCUGAAGGCUCCCAGAACGAUGGACGUGCUGCGCACACAGAUUACUCCAUAAUCACUAUCAUUGACCAGCUCUCACCGGUCCAAGCUCUUGAGGCAUUCGAUGUGAAAAAUGGUCGCUGGUUCAAGGUCCCACCUGUCCCUGGUACGCUGGUCAUCAACGUUGGCGACUUCUUGGAACGCAUGAGCAACAAGUUCUUCAGCAGCACCAUCCACUGUGUACGCAACAACCCUGGAUCUGAACGUUAUUCUUUGGUGUACUUCUUCGAUGCAGAUCCUGAAGCUGAGAUAGAAGUCGCUGAAGCAUGUGUCAGCCAAAAGAGGCCCUUACUGUUUGAUAAAGUGAAGGCGGGAGAAUGGCAAAAAGGCUUGCUUCUUCACGGAAAGAGCCAUGUGCUCCUUCGGCUCCUCUGUGAGGGCUGUAACUCGUGCAGUCUGUCUACGUUAAUGUUUCGCAAUCCUCGUGAGAACGUCGCACGAUUAUUCGACGAGCGACUUGAGCCGUCCGUCGGAAGAGCACCCUCGCCACCACACACCACCCAACCUGCCUCCAAAUCCUUCGCAGCUCGUACACCAAAAGCGAUGCCAUAUGUAGCAGUAGGGACUCUAACACAAUCAAAGGCUACCCCGGGCUUUUCGACUUCCAAACUCAACCAGGCAACUUUAGUGCCAUUAAGUGCAAGCAAGAAGUCGUCAAUCCCGGGUGGCAAUUUCGGGAAGCUGAAGGCGAAGCCAAACGGAAACAUCCUGACAUUCUUCAAGAAGGCAGAGGAAGAGAACAACGCCUUGUUUGUGAAAGACAAGCGCUUAGUUGGGAGUGUCACGUCCCAGCAGGAGACUACACCGGAGUACGAGGAGGAUGACUCGGCAGCAGAUCAUGACGUUUUGACGGAGGGCCGUUAUAAUGAAGAGGGUGGAAGCAUAAAAAAGAGGAGGAUAAGCGCAGACAAAGACGACUUCGUUCACGUCUCUCCACUAGUAUCAGGAAUUCGAAGUGAUUCUGGACAAAUUGAAGACACUGAACAAUCAUCUUUGCCUAGCGUACGGAAUGGACCUUUUCUUGAAGACUCGGACAGUGAUAGUGAAGUUACCAAUAUGUUAUAUACGAGGAGACGACCAAUCGUAACCGAACAGCAAGAUUUCUCGACGAACGAGGUAGAUGAUCGACCGAAGAUCAAGUCUGAGGGAGCCGAUGAGAAGAGUAUUUCGGACACCAUCUCUUCUGCUCCGUUCAACUUGAAACGGGAGGCGACGAGUGCACCUGCAGAUGUGACCUUGGAUGCUUUCAACGAGUUUGACAACGCCAACGACGAUUUCGAAGACGAUGAUUUCCUCGAAGGAGAGGAGAACGUUGAACGUAGGUGGAUGGAGGAGCAACGACUUCUGGAAUUGGCAGAAGAUAAUUAUGAGAGAGAUGAGAAUCAGGAAGAACCACGCCCAGAGGUGCUGCCAGAGGUCCUAUCCUCGGAUUAUGAUGCGGACGCUCCGACAUGUCCUGUGUGUAGCGUUGGUAUGGCCGGUGUCGCUGAAGAAGACAUAACCAUACAUGUAAACAAUUGUCUCGACGGAAACUCUACCUCCUUACCACAGAAUACCAUUUCCACGCGUCCUUCAGCUUCGACUGUAAAAGCAGAAAGCGGUCGCCAAUUCCAACGUCCCGUACGACCAGCCAAACCUGGCCAGGCAAAUCCAUUUACGCUAGCAGCUCCAGCACCGAAAGGGUCUACAUCAGCAUUUUCAAAAUUGAUGACAAGUCAUACAGAAGAUGCAGCGUGGGCAACCGCCGCUGCUGCAGAGAAGCAAUCACGUGGGAAGCCUGCCUAUCAAAGGACGUGCCCUUUCUACAAGAUCAUGCCGGGCUUCUUCAUCUGUGUCGAUGCAUUUCGAUAUGGAGCAGUGAGCGAAUGCCGAGCAUAUUUUCUGAGCCACUUCCACAGCGAUCAUUAUAUCGGACUGACCGCAUCAUGGUCGCAUGGCCCGAUCUAUUGCAGUAAAGUCACUGCAAAUCUUGUCAAGCAACAACUCCGCGUUGACUCCAAAUGGGUGGUACCCAUUGAAUUUGAGGAGAAGAUCGAAGUGCCUGGGACGCAAGGUGCAUUCGUGACUAUGAUACCUGCAAAUCACUGUCCCGGAAGUUCACUCUUUCUUUUCGAAAAGGUGACCGGUAAAGGCAAGAAUCCUAAGACUCAACGUGUGCUACACUGUGGGGACUUCCGAGCAUGUCGGGCACAUAUUGAACAUCCUUUACUACGGCCAGAUAUCAUCGACAUUCUUGGCAAUAAGACCGGGCAGCAGAAGAUCGAUGCCUGUUACCUUGACACGACAUAUCUCAACCCAAAGUAUGCAUUUCCGCCACAAGAAGAGGUGAUCAAAGCCUGUGCAGACAUGUGUGUGAGUCUGAACAAAAUGAAGCGCGACGAUGAAGACGGAUGGGAGCAAAUGAAGCGAAAGCGUGCGGGACAGGGUAUGGUCAAAUUCGUACAAAAGAAUGAAGAUACCAUCAAGACGGAACCUCUCGAUAGCGAGAACGUGGAUGCCAUGGCUAUCGGAACAAACAAUGAAGGAAAGCCGAGGGGCCGUCUUCUAGUUGUGGUUGGCACGUACAGUAUCGGCAAGGAGCGUAUAUGUUUGGGCAUUGCAAGAGCACUCAAGAGCAAGAUUUACGCACCACCUGGCAAACAGCGCAUUUGUGCUGCCCUGGAAGAUCCCGAACUCAACUCGCUUCUGACCAAAAAUCCUCGCGAAGCCCAAGUUCACAUGACGCCCCUGUUCGAAAUCCGCGCCGAAACACUCGACGACUAUCUUAAGGAGUACAGAGCAGAAUUUAGUCGUGCGGUUGGCUUUCGUCCGUCAGGGUGGAACUACCGACCGCCAAACAACCGCUUCAUUGCUAGUCCUUCAGUACAGUCAGUUCUGCAUUCGUCGAACUGGAAGAGUAGCUAUUCAAUGAGCGAACUUGUCCCGCAGCGAGGCAGCACCAGUCGCGCAAGCUGCUUUGGAGUGCCGUACAGUGAACACAGUAGCUUCCGAGAGCUGACCAUGUUUUGCUGCGCGCUGCGUAUCGACAAAAUCAUUCCUACGGUCAACAUCGGUAGCCCAAAGAGCAGAGAAACCAUGAAGACGUGGUGCGAACGAUGGGCGACAGAGAAGAAGAAAAAUGGUCUAUUCAAGCCCGACGGCGAGAGUGGCUGUGUUCUAGACGCGCCACUUUCUGCACCGCUCGAUUCGGAUGCCUUGUUCGUAUAUGGCACCAAUCGCAAACCCGGUCUUUCGCAGUUGCCACUUGCUGUGUGUUGUCUGGACUAUUGGAUGCCAUAUCGUGGAAUCAUCAUUCUGGAACUUGGGCUGUUGGAGACCCAAGGAUAUGGGACGACAGCAAAUGGUGAAACGCGGGGGAGCUCAUGCGUUGCUGCACGACCGACCGUGCCCGGAGCGAUGCGGCUCGUGACGCAACAAUGUUGCGGAUAUGAUGCAGUGCGAGCAACGAGCAAAUAUCGUAGUGCGACGACUGCAAGAGAUUGA